UUUCAGCACCAAACUCACCACUCUCCAGUCCCCAGUUCCCCCUCGCCACCGCCGUGUAUGGCUUCUGCAGCCCUCUUAUCAGCCACCAGAAACAGAAUCACAAAGACCCAUUUACCCCUGAACUUAGAACUAUUCUCCAUUUCAUCCUCGUUUUCUUCACUCUUCUCCACCUUCUGCAAAAGCCACCAUUCUUUCAGCCCACCCCAGGCCCCUCCAGUCCCAAAGAAAGUACCUUUCACAGUCUCUGCUCAUGGACUGUCGUGGCAAGACCCCUACCAUUGGAUGUCCAAUACCAACGACCCGGAUUUCAUCAACUACCUUCGUCAAGAAAACUCUUAUGCGGAUGCUUUCAUGAAAGAUACAGAAGAACUGCAAAGAACCCUUUUUUCUGAGAUGAUAAAUAGAAUGCCCUCCAAGAUUUCUACCCCGCCUGAACGAUGGGGAGAUUGGUUGUACUACCAGCAUAUUCCGGAGGGAAAGGAGUAUCCGGUUUUAUGUAGGAAGUUGGCUAAUGACGGGAAAGGUUGGAUGAAGAAAGUUGUCAACUACAUGAGCAAAGGAUUUUGGGAGGAAGAAAUAUUGCUAGAUUGGAAUGAAAUUGCUGAGCUAUAUGGAUAUGUACAUGUGGGUACAUGUCGAGUAUCACCAGACAACAGAUUUCUUGCAUAUACACUUGAUAUAACUGGUAAUGAACAAUUUGUGCUUCAAAUCAAGGACCUUCGAAGAAGGAUUGUUCUUUCAAAUCACAGAGUUGAGGGGGUUGUUAGCUUGGCAUGGGCUCAAGAUGGCUGUACUUUAUUCUACACAUUAUGUGACCAGAACCACAGGCCAUACAGUGUACAAUGCAUGAAACUGGGAUCAGAUUCUGUGGACAAUAAUAUCCCAAUAUUUGUGGAAAGUGAUUCCAGAUACUGUGUGGAUAUAACAAGCACAAAGGACGGCAAGUUUAUUACUGUGAAUUCUAACUCAAGGGCUUCAUCUGAGGUUUAUGUUAUAGAUGCAUUUGAUCCAAAAUCUGGGAUUCUAAGAUUUUGUGAGCGCAUCUCUGGUGUGCAGUACUUUCUGGAACAUCAUGAUGGCUUCUUCUAUAUUCUAACUAAUGCUCCAUUAAGGACGGAUGAGUUAUCUAACUCUGGAAAUUAUUACUUGGGUAGGUGCAGAGCUGACAAUUUGCACUCAACAAAUUUGCAGCCUAUCAUUCUUCCAGAUGAAGAUACUUGCUUUCUAGAUAUGGACAUCUUCAAUGAACAUCUGGUACUGUUCCUCAACAAAGAGGGAUCUUUGUCCAUGUGUUCAAUCAAGAUGCCCAUUAUGUCUGACUGUAAGACAGAAUUGAAGAUUGAUGAUCUUCAUGCAUGGUUUUUCCCUCUGCCUUCAAAUAUGUGUACAAUAUCGCCUGGCUCAAAUCAUGAUUUCAUGAGUUCAGUCUAUCGUGUUGUGCUUUCUUCUCCUGUGAUACCUGAUGUUAUUGUCGACUAUGACAUGUCGAGAAAUUCGCACGUUGUUGUGCAGCAAGAAGAGGUGUCUAAUAUUUGUUCCAGCGCUAACCACUUGCAAAACUAUAAGAGUGCAAAGGAUAUUGAGGACCUUCUGUGUGAGAAGAAAACAAAUGGUCAUAAAAGUGAAGCAUCGGGAUUGAAAGACCUUUCUGACCUGUACUUUUGUGAGAAAAAAGAAGUUAUUUCACAUGACGGCAUCAGGGUUCCCUUGACUAUCUUGUAUUCUAAAGAGCUUCAUAGAAAAGGUCAAUCUCCAGGGCUUUUACAUGGCUAUGGAGCGUAUGGGGAACUUCUUGAUAAAAGCUGGUGUGCAGAUCGGUUGAGCUUGCUCGAUCGUGGUUGGGUGAUUGCAUUUGCUGAUGUAAGGGGUGGUGCUGGUGCUGAUUCUUCAUGGCAUAGCUCUGGCAGUGGAUUGCAUAAGUUAAACUCGAUAUGCGAUUUUGUUUCAUGUGGCAAAUACCUAAUUAAUGAGGGCUAUAUUCACAAACAGCAACUUAGUGUUGUUGCCCACAGUGCUGGAAGUUUUCUUGUGGGUGCAGCCAUGAAUAUGCAUCCAAAUCUAUUUCGAGCUGCCAUAUUGAAGGUGCCCUUUCUUGACGUAUGCAACACAUUGUUAGACACUGAUUUGCCGCUCACUGUACUGGACUAUGAGGAGUUUGGGAAUCCGCAGAUAGAGUCCCAUUUUCACAACAUCCUGAAAGUUUCUCCUUAUGAUAAUAUCCGUCAAGGAUUUUGUUAUCCUGCAGUGCUGCUUAAAUCCUCAUUUAACGACUCAAGAUGUUUGUGCACUCAAGGGUUGGUGUUUGGGAAGCAGCCAAAUGGGUGGCCAGGGUACGGGAGGUUGCAUGUUCAACUUGUUCUUCUUCAGUCAUUCUGAGGAGUAGCAUGAGUGGAGGACAUUUUGAUGAAGGUGGCCGUAUUAGUCAUUGUGAGGAAACGGCUUAUGAAUAUGCUUUUCUAUUGAAAGUCCUGAGUACUUGUGGGUGAUGAAAAUGCCAAAAAUCUGCCUCUUAGAGGUAGAAAAUUGUUGGAACAUGCAUCGAUCAUGGUCGUUAUUCAUGUAAGAGGCAAUCAAAAGGUUUUUAGUGUAGGACUUCAAACUCGCAAUAGAGAGAGCACAUUUGAGACCAGGUAAGCUACUCGCUAUCUGCAACAAUAUGGUCAGGCGACUAUUAACUCCCUCCCUGCAACAAUAUGGGUAGUUGGAUAUUCAGUUUUGCCUGAGUUCCAUGAAUUGUUGGUUACCGUAUGUGUACUGUUCUUAUAUGGAGAUUUCUAACAUCUUAAGAGCAACCUCCUCAACUUAAGAACAGCUAGCGUAGGUAUAUCAGCAAUUGUUGAUAUUGAAUGUACCUCUCUUUUAACACCUUGCAGCAUGGAGCACUAGUGCUCCGUCAAAAAUGACAUUUAUCCAGGCGGCUUACCAUUUAGUCAGAUGGAUUUUCUGUGUAAGUUGUACUCAGACAAUGAUAACCGUGGACCAAUUCGAAGUUACAGCGUUCGUCUAAA